AUGAAGUGGCUAUCUGUCCUGCCCCAACAAUGUAUUUUUCUGAUGGCAUGUCUCCUAAUGGCCUUGAAAGCUGUACCUAUAGACAUAGAUAAGACAAAAGUCAAAGGAGGAGAAGGCCACGUAGAAGGAGAGAAGGUGGAAAAUCCAGAUACAGGACUUUAUUAUGAUGAAUAUCUCAGACAAGUAAUAGACGUCUUGGAAACAGAUAAGCACUUCAGGGAGAAACUCCAGACUGCUGACAUAGAAGAAAUAAAGAGUGGAAAACUAAGCAGAGAGCUUGAUUUAGUAAGCCACCAUGUGAGAACACGACUGGAUGAGCUAAAAAGACAAGAGGUGGCAAGAUUAAGAAUGUUAAUUAAAGCUAAAAUGGAUUCUGUUCAAGACACUGGCAUAGACCAUCAGGCUCUCCUUAAACAGUUUGAGCACCUGAACCAUCAGAAUCCUGACACUUUUGAACCUAAAGAUUUAGACAUGUUGAUCAAAGCAGCUACAAAUGACCUGGAAAACUAUGAUAAGACCCGCCAUGAAGAAUUUAAGAAAUACGAGAUGAUGAAAGAACAUGAGAGGAGAGAGUAUUUAAAAACACUGGAUGAAGAAAAGAGGCAGCGAGAAGAAUCCAAAUUUGAGGAGAUGAAGAAAAAACAUGGAGAUCACCCUAAAGUUCACCAUCCUGGAAGCAAAGAUCAACUGAAAGAAGUGUGGGAAGAAGCAGAUGGACUAGAUCCUAAUGAAUUUGACCCCAAAACAUUUUUCAAAUUACAUGAUGUCAACAAUGAUGGUUUUCUGGAUGAGCAAGAAUUAGAAGCCUUAUUUACUAAAGAGCUAGAAAAAGUUUAUGAUCCCAAAAAUGAAGAGGAUGACAUGGUUGAAAUGGAAGAGGAAAGGCUGAGAAUGAGAGAACACGUAAUGAAUGAGGUUGACAUCAACAAGGACCGGCUAGUGACAUUGGAAGAGUUCCUGCGAGCUACAGAGAAGAAAGAGUUUUUGGAGCCAGAUAGCUGGGAGACACUAGAUCAACAGCAACUCUUCACUGAGGAUGAGCUGAAGGAAUUUGAAAGCCAUAUUUCUCAACAGGAGGAUGAACUUAGAAAGAAGGCAGAAGAUCUUCAGAAGCAGAAGGAAGAGCUACAGAGGCAGCACGACCAGCUUCAGGCUCAGAAACAAGAGCUUCAGCAGGUUGUAAAACAGAUGGAACAGAAGAAACUACAGCAAGGAAAUCCUCCUGCAGGACCAGGUGGAGAACUGAAAUUCCAACCCCGUAUGUGA